AUGCCGGUUGUCAAGGGAGGUGUUUGGACCAACAUCGAGGAUGAGAUUGUCAAGGUAGCAGUCUCCAAGUAUGGGUUGAACCAGUGGGCUCGAGUAUCCUCUCUCCUUGCACGCAAAACUCCCAAGCAAUGCAAGGCUCGUUGGUCGGAAUGGUUGGAUCCUGCCAUUCGCAAGGUAGAGUGGUCGAAGGAGGAGGAUGAGAAGCUGCUUCACCUCGCGAAAUUGAUGCCCACUCAAUGGAGAACAAUCGCUCCUAUCGUUGGUCGAACCGCCACGCAAUGCUUGGAGAGGUAUCAGAAGCUUUUGGAUGAAGCAGAGGCGAAGGAGUCUGAUGAGCUGGGGCUAGGAGGGCCUGCGGGUGGUGAGACCGCUGCUCCUAGCGCUGAUGAUGUUAGAAGAUUACGACCGGGGGAACUGGAUCCUGAUCCUGAAUCCAAGCCUGCUCGACCGGAUACUAUAGAUCUUGAUGAAGAUGAAAAAGAGAUGCUCAGUGAGGCUCGUGCCCGUCUCGCAAAUACUCAAGGCAAGAAGGCGAAGCGAAAGGCCCGAGAGCGACAGCUAGAAGAAUCACGACGGUUGGCAGUGCUACAGAAGCGACGAGAGCUCAAGAAUGCUGGAAUCAACAUCAAGGUUGUUACGACGAAAAAGGGCCAGAUGGAUUAUAAUGCGGAUAUCCCCUUUGAGAAGCAACCGGUUCCUGGGUUCUACGACACUUUCGAGGAACAAGCUAAGAAUGAACGCCAACGGGAGCUAUUUGAUCCACGCAAGCAACAGUUGGCGAAUAAAAGAAAAGGAGAACCAGAGUACGAGCAGGACAAGAAGCGGCAGAAGAACGAUAAGAAUGGCUCAUCUGCAGCUUUUGCAGCGGCAGCAAGGGCCGGUCAGAUGCAGCGUAUUCGAGAAGCGGAACAGAGCAGCAAACGCCGGGCUCUGGUGCUUCCUUCUCCCCAAGUCAGCGAGAGCGAGCUUGAGGAGAUCGUUAAAAUGGGGAUGGCGGGUGAAAGGGCCAGCAAAAUGGCUGGAGAUGAUGAAAGCGACGGCGCACGGGGCCUUGUCGCGAAUUAUUCGACUAUUAUCGGUGGCACGCCAAUUCGAACACCUAGAGCGCCUCCCGAGGAAGAUCGAAUAGCGAACGAGAUCCGCAAUAUCAAGGCUCUAACAGAGACGCAAUCGUCUCUACUAGGCGGAGAAAAUACGCCUUUGCUCGAGGGGGGCCGGUCAACCGGGUUUGAUGGCAUUACGCCACGUCAACAGAAGAUGGUGACGCCAAACCCCAUGGCUACUCCUUUCCGUCAGGGUGGCGCAGCCGCGAUUGGAAGCACUCCAAUGCGAGUAGGGCCAGGAGCUACUCCACUGCGCACCCCCAGGGACAAUUUCAUGAUCAAUAAAGAAACUGGCCUUCCUGUCGGCAGCACUCCAAAGGAGAUGAGGAUACAAGAGAAUUUCAUGCGACGGCAGCUCCGGCAGCAGCUCGAUUCCCUUCCUAAACCGAAGGAAACGGAAUGGGAACUAGAAGAGCUGCCCUCAGAACAGCCAGAACUAGCAGUUAUAGAUGCGCUAACUGAAGAGGACGCCGCAAAACGGGAUAGGAGAAAUAAAGCUGCGGCUGAGAAAGCAGCGAAAGCAGAAUUCAAACGCCAGAGCCAAGUAUACCAGCGUGGACUCCCCCGACCACGCACAUUGGACAUCAAAGCGCUAAUAAAACAAGUUGAUGACAUUGAUGACCCAAUCAAACAAAUGAUCGCAAAAGAAAUGGCUAUCAUUAUUGCGCACGAUGCUCGCAGGUUCCCACUACCAGAAGCACAUAUCAAAGGAAAAGCGCCAAAACGCGAAGAACUGAAUGAUGACCUGUUAGCCGAAGCUAGAGCAGAAAUUGAAGCAGAGGUAUCUACGGGGUCAUUGGAUAAUUGGCAAGAGGGCUUUGGAGUAACUUGGACGUCUCUCCAUGACUCUCCAGCGAAGCUUCCAGGGCUUUCAAUCUACGAUGACGAAGAUAAUUUUGAGAAACAGGAACAGAACAUGCUUAUGGCUUUUGACAAUGUCCAAGAUAAUUUGAUGAAAACGGCAGAGAUGGGCAACAAGCUGGAGAAAAAAAUUGCCUUGCAUUAUGGCGGAUAUCAAGCCAGAGCAAAGACGCUAAGAAACAAGAUCUUGGAAGCAAAUGAAGCGCUACAGCAAUCCACGCUGGCUUUGGACUCGUUCAAAACUUUGCAGAUUGCCGAGGACUCUGCUGUUUUGCGACGCGUUGAGAGCCUGCGUGGUGAAGUCACGUUUGUAACCAGGCGGGAGCGAGAGGCUCAACAGGUCUACAGGCAGCGAAAGGACGAGCUGGAGUCUCUCGAGGCUGGCGGCAUUAACGGGUGGCACUAA